AUAUAUGUAUAACUUUUAGACAAUGCAGAUUCGAUUAAAGUUCAAGGUACAAAAAAGUUUUCCAAUUAGAACGAAAUGUAUUCGAAUGAACCUUUCUUUUCUCGACAGCCAACUACCCGGCUGAGACAAUCGACGAAUAGCACCAAGGAAGAAAGUUGUCGAGUGUCCACAAGAUAUCUUUCCCAAUGAAUUCUUCAAUCGAGCUUUAACACGGAAGACUAUCUAUAACGUUUCCCAACUGCUUAACUGUUUUUGACUCGACCUUCUGCCGCGGUCUCCUUCUUUCGAAAGUGCUUCUUGAAACUUUUAACGAAGGAAAUAAUGCAAUUAAUGCAAUUAUAUCUCAGAUACGAAAACUAAUUUUAAAAUUCAUUACCAUAAAAUAUUAAAAAAAAUCGUAUAUCCGUUGAUAAAAUGUUGACUGACGAUACGAUAAAAAUAUAUAACAAUUCUAGCGAUUCGAUCAAUAGUAAAAAAUACGGUUGAAAGACGCUCGAAUGGAACGCUGUUUCCAAGGGCGACGUUGCCGGUAAUGGAUCAAACCGUGUCACGUGUUUUUCAAACUCAGCCUACCACCUCUCUCGAAUAUUUAGUUCCAUCUAACGUGCGGCGUGUGUCAUGAUUAGUCUUACGCGUCCGAUAUUCCUUUUCGUGUAUUUUAAUUAACCAUAGUUUUUCCACCACAUGACGACACUUUAAUUUGAGACAAGAGUUGAGAAGUGAGCGAGUGAGUGAUCUGUGUUCAAUGUGUUCUGUUAAAGAGAGAGGAAAUAAUACAAUGAAAGAAGAGCAAAGAAAAGGAUAAUUGCGAUUUUUAUCUUACGUUUAAAACAUUAUUUAAAACAAGCAAGAUUUGCAUUUAAAUGUAACGUAAGUUGUUUGAAAAUUAACUAAACUAAAGAAAUGAAUAUAGUAGCAUACGUGUUAAUUAAUUUGAAUGAAUAGAAUAGAAAAUCAAAUGUGGAUAAAUGUACAUCAAUAUUGUAAUUGUAAUAUUCAAACACCUUUUCAUCUCUAAUUUUUUUUCCUUAAAAAGCUAUUUCGAACAAACUUGAAAAUUAUCAAAGAUAUGUAAUUCCAUUAAAAAAAAAAAUAUUUGCGAAAAAAAGAAAUAUUCAAAGAUAAAAUUCAAUGUGAAAAGGUGAAAGGGAGACGCAAGAAAAUUAAGUAAAAAAAAAAAAAAUAAAAUAAAAAAAGACAGGGAUAUAUGGCCACGAAUGAUUCUUCACGGUUCUCCCCGGCGGAACGGCCCGUAAUUUUAGCAGCGCUCGAGGAGUUCACGAAUGCGUUGGCCAUUUACCACAGCACGCUGAGAAAACCGAGGAGACACGAUAACGAUAUUCUCGCCGACUGUUUGCCCCUUGAUGAAUUGAGAGCGACGAAUCCGAAAAUUAUGGAAAUUAUGGAAAUCGAGGAUGUUAAAGAGCGAGCCGCCUCGAAGAAAAUUUACGAAGAUAGUUUACGCGUGAAAAGAAUCAUGGAGGAGUUGAAAAUAGAAAUACGAGAACGGGGAACGUUCGAGUUAUUAAAUGAAGAGAUCGAGAAGAUCGUGGCGCGCGAAAAGGAGGAAGAGUGUCUUUUCAAAGAGCGGGAGAAAUUGAGAGAGAAUACGGAAAAAUUGCGAAAAAUAAUCGAUGAGAAAAAGAUUUUUAAUGAGCAGGAGAAAAUACGAAUAUUGAACGAGCUCUUGAAGGAACAGGAUAACGUGGAAAAAUUAAAAUUAAUCUCGAACGUGAAGUUGAAUUAUGUUACGGAAUGGGAGAAAGCAAGAUACGAGCAGAAUUCAUUGCGUUGCGACAUGGAAAUAGAAAAAUUGGAGAAGAUGUUAAAAGAUCUGCGCAUGCGUGAAAAGAAUGAACGACGAGUUCACGCCGAGUUGACAAAAUUUCUGACCCGGGAAACAGCAUUGCUAGAGAGAAAAAACAAGGAAUGGAAAGAGCGAUAUAUUCAAGAAAAAAAGAUGUACGAAAGGGAGAUCCAACAGUUACGUAUUGAAAUAAAAAUAAUUCAAAAAAAGAUGGAUAAACUUAAAGAAGAGUAUCAAUGUAAUCAAAAGUUCAUAAACACGUAUCUGGAGGAAAAGGAAGCAUUGGAAAAGGAGAAGGAGCAAUGGAAGCACAUGCAAAAAAGUGCAAUCAAGAUUCAAGCUUGGUGGCGAGGCGUUAUGGUGCGCCGGAAGUUGGGACCAUAUCGACUUGCGGAAAAAAAGAAAAAACGACCAACUAAAACAAAGAAGUAACCAUCUUUCCGUUUCACUUAUCCCUUAAUACCUGUGCAGAUAUGAUCAUUCAUCCUUCUUAGAACAAUACUUGAACGAAAAAUAAUAUUUUUUUUAUAUAAUAAAAUUUAAUUUUGUUUUGUA